GAAACCCUAGUCCCCAAAACACCCCUAAAGCAUUAGCAGCAGAUAUAUCUAUCUCUGUUACAUACUUUUAUUCAAGAACCAAAUCUAAAUCCAUAUUAUUUUUUUUUCUCAAAAAGACAAAAUGAGCGGAGCGGGUAAGAAAGUCGCUGAUGUGGCAUUCAAGGCCUCAAAAUCAAUCGAUUGGGAAGGCAUGGCCAAAAUGAUCGUCACCGAUGAAGCUCGCAAAGAGUUUUCUUCUCUCCGUCGCGCUUUUGAAGAAGUCAAUUCCACCCUCCAGACCAAAUUUAGUCAGGAACCAGAAACCAUUGACUGGGAGUACUACAGAAAAGGGCUUGGAUCACGCAUAGUCGAUUCUUACAAAGAGUAUUAUGAAAGUGUUGAAAUCCCCAAGUUUGUUGAUAAGACUACUCCAGAGUACAAGCCUAAGUUUGAUGCACUGUUGGUGGAAUUGAAAGAGGCCGAGCAGAAAUCUCUGAAGGAAUCUGAAAGACUAGAGAAAGAAAUUGCUGAUGUCCAAGAGCUGAAGAAAAAGCUUAGCACCAUGACUGCCGAUGAGUACUUUGAGAAGAACCCAGAUCUGAAGAAGAGAUUUGAUGAUGAAAUCAGAAAUGAUUAUUGGGGGUAUUAAUUUUCAUGGUUUAUUCACAUGAAGCAAUUUGAAUCCCGUUCUUUAUGUUUUCGCAUAUAUAGAAAUAAGGCAAGAGAAACAAAGAUGCUGGUCUUUAAUUUGUUUUGAGGAAAUUAUAUGGAGUUUGUACUCCAUCAUGAAUCAUGAUGACGAAAUUUACCCCAAGUCUUUGAAUUUCCAAAUUUGAUUGGAUAAGUUGUCAUGUUGGAUACAAUUGCUGCUUUACAUGUAAUGCUUUAAUUUUGCUUCCACAA